UGCGUUUAUAGCAAAAUUUUUGAAAACAAAACAUCCAGUUCCCACCAAAAUCAUUUUUAUGAAAUCCUAGAAAUACAAAUCCAAAUACUAGAGAGAGAAACUGCAAAAUCAUUGAAAGAAAACCUAAUCCUGUAGAGAGAAAUGGAUGUGAAGCAAGCUGGUUCAUCACUCGAUUCACUGAUUUCUUCAUUCAAUACUCGAAUCGCUGAGUUACAAGAACUCGUUAUUGCCCGAAACAUGUAUCCAGCGAGCAGCGUCACCGAUUUGAAGGCGGUGGACGCAGCAUUGAAGGCGAUGGAGCUGCAAGUGCAAGCUAUCAAAGACCGCUUGCGUGAGGAGACCUUGGCGAUCCCUAAAGCUAAAAAACUAAUUGAAGCAUCACUAAGGCAGCAGAAAAAAUUGCAAAGUAUGUCUGUACAUGUGCCAGAAAGAACAACCUUCUCGAAUUCGGAAAUUAAUAAUAGAAGCAUUCUGCCAGAAGCAUCUAAUCAACUUCCUGGUUUUGGUCCGUUGAAACCUGAGGAGCCUGUAGCAACACACAAGGAGAAGAAGGGUCGUAGCUCUCCACCAUUGUGGUAUAUAACUGCUGCUGAGCUGGAUUCCCUAUCUUCAUACAUGAGAGGAAGGCUCACCCUAGAUAAGGUCAAUGCAGCUAUUAAUGACAUGGCAGCAUAUGCUGAUUCAAAUUCUCAGCUUAUUACAGCCCCAAAGAAGAAGCUGGCAGAGAAUCUCUGGGAAAAAGCAUUGGAACUAAGGGAUAUUGCGAUGACAGAAUCAAUAAAGGGAAAACACUUUUUUCUUGAAACUGACAUGAAAGGACCUAGCUUGAAGCUUGACAAUACAGGAAAAGCGAUUUUGACUGUUCUUCGCCACCUUGGUCGCAUCAGUGAGACUCGAAUUGGGCAUCAUCGUGUUAUCAUUCUUUCGAAGCCUCAAACUUGAUGACAUCUAAAGUAUGAAACACAUCAUGAAUAUAACUUCAAGGUAUGUAAGUGUGUGUUUCAUAUGUGAAAAAAUACAGAACCGUGGUCAAGGCAGGCUAUGCACCCUCUAUGAUAACAUCUUCAGUUCCCUGCUUCUGUUGUUCAUCAUAUUUUACAAUUUCUUGAGUCUCUGGCUUCAAGAACUCUCUUGCUCGUUUCCUCUAUUUUAUCAUUGUCUUCUUUGUUUUCAUAAGCAGUUCGUGGCAUGUAUAGUUAUCGACCCUGCUCCAGCCUCAGAUCCCUACUGGCUUCCAAUAAUAGAUGUCCCUUUAUCAAUCCUGCGAGGCUACUGCACUUCCUGAAGCCACCUGCAAUCCUUUUCCAUUUCCUUCAAUGGAGAGGCCUCUAUCCCAUUACUGCGUUGAAGGUUGUGUGAACUGAUUGCAGCAUUGCAUUUGCUCAAUUAGUUAUACAUGUGCUAUGGAUAGAAUCAAUUAAAUCUUUCUUUGCUUUCUUUAUAAUGGAGUAAGUGUUUAAUCG